UCUGCAUGGUACUGCUGUGCUAAACAUCAUAAUGGUGGCUUCUGGAGGAAGCAAGCAAGCCUCUUGCACUGGGCUCCACAGAAUUCUCAAAUGGAUCCUAGCUGCAACCCAAGAUACCUGAGAGAGAUCCGAUACGUCACUGCAACUGACUUUUUAAGUGCCAAGCCUCAGACAUGGGGUGGACAGUGUUUCUUCUAGGAAGAAGAUGUAUACAAACCCAGCAACCUCAAGCCAGGCUGCUUAAAAGUACAUUAUGUUGCACUUGUAUGAGGCAAAUUUCAUCAAGUUCUGUGGUACAAGACUGCCCGCCUUCUCAGAAAAGGGCACCGGUGAGGAUUGGAUGUGCUUCCGGAUUCUGGGGGGAUACUGCAGCUUCAGUUCCACAACUUGUUUAUGGAGGAAAGUUAGAUUUCUUGGUAUUUGACUACCUCUCUGAAAUCACUAUGUCUUUACUGGCUGCUGCGAAAGCCAAGUCACCUAAUUUAGGAUUCACUCCAGACUUUGUGCAUACAGCUAUGGCACCAUAUUUAAAAGAUAUUCAUAAAUCAGGUAUUCGUGUGAUCAGUAAUGCGGGAGGAACCAACCCCCUGGCCUGUAGUGCUGCUUUACAAGAAAUAAUAAAGAAGUCAGGUCUGGAUAUGAAAAUUGCAGUGGUUACUGGUGAUGAUUUAAUAAAGCAGAAAGACGCCUUCAAGACAGGAGGAGUCACUGACAUGGAUAGUGGGAAGCCAUUCCCAGAACAUAUUCAGAGUGUGAAUGCUUACCUGGGGGCAAAACCAAUUAGCAGGGCUCUGGAUCUUGGGGCAGACAUUGUUAUUACUGGAAGAUGUGUGGACAGCAGCCUCGUCUUGGGACCACUAAUACACACUUUUGGAUGGAAGAGAAAUGAUUUUAACUUACUUGCAUCUGGAAGCUUAGCUGGUCAUCUAAUAGAAUGUGGUGCCCAGUGCACUGGAGGAAUAUACACAGACUGGCAUCUAGUACCAGACUGGCACAAUAUAGGAUUUCCAAUAGCUGAAUGCACCUCGGAUGGGAAUUUCACAAUAUCAAAGCCACGGGAAAGCGGAGGUCUUAUCUCUUUUGGCACUGUUGCAGAACAAUUAGUCUAUGAAAUUGGUGAUCCUCGACACUACAUUCUACCAGAUGUUUCUUGUGAUUUUUCCCAUGUUACUAUUACUGAAGUUCAAGAUGAGGAGGCUGUCACUGUAAAUGGAGCAAGAGGAGUUCCACCAUCUUCAUCAUACAAGGUGUGUGCCACAUAUCUGGAUGGCUUCAGAGCCACAGCCGUAUGUGCUGUAGGAGGACCACGAGCUGCAGAAAAAGGAAGACGGACAGCUGAAAGCAUUCUAAAAAGAACUCGAGAUAUGUUCACUCAUCUUGGCUUGGAGGAUUACAGUGCAGUACAUCUGCAGAUUAUUGGUGCGGAAGAUUCAUAUGGACCACAUGCUAGAGGAAAAGAUGUUGCUCGAGAAGCUGUCAUUUGGCUCGGUGUUCACCACAAGCAGAAAAAAGCACUGGAAAUCUUUGCAAGAGAGAUUGCACCCGCUGGCACUGGAAUGGCUCCUGGUCUAACUGCAAUUGUCGGAGGACGGCCAAAAGUAUCCCCUGUCUUGAAGCCAUUUUUCUUCCUGUAUCCCAGGAAAGAUGUCAAGAUUGAUAUUUUCAUGGAUGGAAAACAUAUAGAGCAGUUUGUAGAUGAUCACUCAUUCACUGUGGAUGAAUAUAUUUCUUCUGUUGAGCCUAUAACACCAGAAGUACCUAAAGAUCUACCAAGUGGGCCUUAUUCAUAUCGCUUAGAGGAGCUUGCUUAUACAAGAAGUGGAGACAAAGGAAACACUGCAAACAUAGGUGUUGUGGCUCGUCAUCCUUUAUACUACCCAUAUCUACAGAGAGCACUUAGCGCCCAAGUUGUAGAAGAAUAUUUUCAACAUCUACUGCAGAGAGAAGUUGACAGUGAGCAACUGGUCACUAGGUAUGAGUUACCAGGAACACACGCCUUAAACUUUGUCCUGAAGAAUUCCCUGGGUGGUGGAGGUAUUGCAUCACUGAGGAGCGACCCUCAGGGGAAGGCAUUUGGACAAAUGCUACUAGACCUCGAGAUCAAAAAUGUCCCUGAUCUAAAAUCAUUGAUUGAUUAAAUAUUCGUAGCUUUUAUACACGCCUGUGGCAAUACAGUAAAAAGUAUUAGUAGAAUUUAUUUACAGAGAAACACUUUUUUUUAGAAAUCAUUAACGGGUAAAUAUAAAAAGCUACCUAAACAACAAUUAUGCAGCUAUAACUAAAAUAUUUGGUAAUCAUUUGGUAACGGUUUUAUUCAAUUUCUGUACUUGUAUGUUUUAAUACGUUGCUGUCCUUUGAUAGGUAAAUGUGUUUGUAUGAUUGCAGUGCUAUGUGUGCUUCUCUGUGCAUGCCAUAGGCAAAAAUUUAAUACAGGCCAAUCACUGUUUCGCUGGGAACACCAGUUUUGAGCCAGCGAAUAUACAGACCAGAUAUGUUCUUUCAUGUUAGACUUUGUACUGUUUUAGGAUUCAUUCACACAGACGUUAGCCCUUGCCUUCCCUUUGAAAAGCAUUCACCAGUGGAUCGCUUUUUAGAGAGAGGUUCAUAGGCUCCUGAGAGGUAAUAUGCAUUAUAAAGUGCAGGUAGAAGCACAAAAAAAAAUAUCAAGUAUUUUAAAUGCUUACUUCUAGCAUUUUUUCCUUUUCAUAAACAAUGUUUUUAUUUAUUGUGCAAUGUGCCUUUGAACUUGCUAGGGAAUUGGAAGAGCCAUUUCUCUAGCACAACUACAGUUCCCAUUCCUCUUGCCAUGCUAUUCCCCUCUCCUUUUCUGGGAUUAUGUAAAAACUGUCUUUGCUGACCCAGCUCCUCUGCUCUUCACCUCUCUACAUAACAGAAAAAAUACUGCCAUACUUGCAAUAAUUUUCCUUUCUCAGUGUCUACCCAUGGCAGCAUACAUAUUACAAGCCCCACCCCUAACUACCAACAGGACCACUGAUAUCUAAGUUUUUAAACCCAGUGCCAAUCAUUUCAGUAAAUAGAUUAGAAUGUCAUGGGUGGGCAUGCAUGCUAAUAUGUUUGAGCACCAGAAGAGACAAUUAUGGUAAGUAUGGCAAUUCACUUUCUAUUUUUCUUGUGCUUCCAUGGCAGCAUACAUAUGGUAUUUGGGAUUUUUCUCCAAGACUAGAUGGUCUCAAGCUGUUUUCUGAGGGACCUCUUCUGUCUUCCCCAUAGUGUAAAGUCGUUGUAAACCCUUUCAAAGGAGAAAUUAACAAGCAUAUCUUUAUAUAAAACUUACGUGCCUCAAUAAAUAGCACCUGGAUCUGGA